AUGUCGGCAAAUUCGGUCGAUGACCAAAAGUUGGAAAUCAUCAAAGUGAUGCAAAAACUAGGGAGUGAGUUGACCAACAGAUUGACCCAACUUACCGACAAGCAGCGAAUCACCUUUGUCGGCUUUGAGAUUAAUGACAGGAGCAUUUCAGAAUUGGAGCAAAUCAGAGGUGUGAAAUCCUCAACCAUCGUGAGUGACCUUAUUGCUGCCAUUAAGAUUGGACUACCUGUUAAUUUAAAGAAACUUAAUUUGACCCUAAGAGAUUACAAACAGAUCAUAGCUGCUAACCAGAAAGUGGGCCAGGUGGAGAGAAGAUUGACAGCCAUCAAAGACAACUGCGAUCCAACUAUAACUUUUGAGAAGAUCAAUCUUGCCUUGGCUGUCCACCAGUACGAGUGCAACGGAGGAAAUUUGUGCAAAUAUUUCCCUGCCGAGGACAAGACAAGAUCUGUGCAUUCCAGUGGGAAAAAAGAAGAAGUAGAUCCACCCAAAAAGCCAAGACUUGAAGCCGAGUGCAGCAAUGAGGCACAGAAAUUGAAAGAUCCGAGUACUUCAGCCACUGCGUCAAAAGUGAAUCCAGCCAAACCAAGAACAAACUUUAUUGAAAUUGACUCUGAUAGUGAUGAUGAAUUGUUUGCUGCCGCCGAGAUUCUUGAAAAGUCUUACGAGGAGGAAACAACGGCCCAAAAAUCACAAGAUCCACCCACAUCCAUGGGCACCAAAAAAAUUCGCAAGCUGUUUACAAAACCUAGAGUUCAAAUAUAGGCGAAUUUAAAAAGCAUUUACUUUUAUUUGAGAAAAUUUCUCAAUAAAAGGUUUAUUUGUAAUUUUCCAC